AUGGGACGGAACAAUGAGGAUGAGUACAUCACGCACACAAUCGUGACGUGCCAAGAAAGUGCGACCGCACCAGCUGACGUCGCCAAGAUGAACGUCAAACGCUUUCGCGGAGGAUCCGUGAAGGACUGGCUUGCGUGGAGCAUGAAGUUCAAGAGUCUCGCAAAAGGAAAGGCUGGGGUGCUGACCAAUUCAACGUUUAACUGA